CGAUGUCUAGUGUUCAUUUCUCCAUGUCCAGGUCACGUCACCAACACAAUGUUCUCAAACGUCUAUAGUUGAUCAGUGUUGAUACAGGUUGACGUCUCCGAUAAAAGUCAUUGAAUGCAGUUACCCAUCCAUCCUAAGUCGGUAGAAUACGUAUGACUACAAAAACUAUGAAGAUCAACAAAUAUCUGAAAAUGACCGCAAAGGUUGUCUUGACUAUAAGCAUUGUCACUCUUACCUUUAAUCUGUUAUUUUCGAGGAACUCGUCUAGUACUUAUUUUCACAGACGUGUAAUUUCAGAGUAUUCAGCACCUUCAAAAAGAUCUGUACACGUUGACCUAGGUAACUCUGGUAACAACGGUAGCUAUGGUAACUCUGGUAACACUGAAAAGAAGGAUGACACACCUUUGGUAACCAGCAGUCUGACCAUGAACACCACAACGAUGGAGUACACACUAGAAACUUGUCUCGAGAAACCCAAACACCUAAUUGGUCUGAGACUUGGGAAUUAUUCUCACGUGACCAAGUCUGAGCUCGUGGACGAGUACAUUGAGAUGGAACCUGGUGGUCAUCUUCGUCCACAAAACUGUAAACCUGGACAGACAGUGGCUAUCAUCAUACCUUACAGAAACCGUUCCAGUCACCUGCAUAUUUUACUACACAAUCUGAUUCCUUUUCUGACAAGGCAAAAUGUUGACGUCACGUUCUUUGUUAUAGAACAGGCAGGUAACUCGACGUUCAACCGUGGCGCCCUGUUCAACGUUGGGUUUCUGGAGGUGGAGAAGUUUCACAGAUUCGACUGCUACAUUCUGCAUGACGUGGACAUUAUUCCCCUCAACGACCACAACCUGUACAGAUGUAGUGAGAACCCUCGACACUUUGCUGUAGCUAUAAACAAACACAAUUACAAACUUCAUUAUGAAAGCUACUUUGGUGGCGUUGUGGGAUUAAUCAGGGAGCAGUAUCUACAAAUAAAUGGACAUUCGAAUUUAUACAUUGGUUGGGGCACAGAGGAUGACGAUCUGUUGAUAAGGGUGCGGAACAAAAACUUGACAAUGGUUCGAUACGACCCCUUGACGGCCCGAUAUGAUAUGAUCCAACACGAUCGGGACGUAGGCAAUGCAGAGAACCCAAUGAGGUUAACUCUUCGAAAAAGUGCAGCUAGAAGACAGGAUGUUGAAGGUCUAAACACAGUGACCAAACACUACCAGGUGCUGGACAUGAAGCUAGAGACACUGUACACCUGGAUCACUGUCUCACUCAACAACAGCGGACUGCUAGAGACGGCUCCAGCUUACACAAUGAGGGACAUAUCAGAAACCAAGGCGCUGCUACAGAAAAAAUCAAAACAAUAAAUAUCCUACUAAACAAGAAAAAAAAAUACAUUUUUUAAUAACUUAAAA